AUGAACGAUGAUAGCUACUCAUAUAACACGCCUCCACCGCUGCAACCGCUAAAUGUACCGCAACCUACGUCCUCAGGACAGCUGUUGAAUGGAAAUGAGCACUGCGUUGGGCAUCGGCCGACAGGCUAUCAGCAACCGCAAUCACAAUUACAAGCUCAAUCUCAAACAUAUUACUAUGCACAGCAUCAGUAUAUGCCAGUAAAUCAGGGUUAUAUUCCGGCAUACUAUUCGCCAUACCAUAUGUAUGGAUACCAGUAUCAGCAGCAUCAGCAGCAAUCGCAACCACAGCCGUACGGUACCCUCUGGAACGGGAAUGGACCUUCAAUUGACGGUACUACUUCGAAGAGCCUCCAAUCGUCGGCCACAAAUAAUCGUAUGGAAUAUGACGUUGCUGGAUUGAAAACUAGGGCCUCCUCCUAUGAUAGAACUGAUCAACGCGACAAGGAUUACGAGAACAAAGAGGAUAAUGUCUCGGAGGCAAAGGAAUUAGACUCCAUGUCAAACACGAAAGAUACCGUAAAAGAGUCUGUGGUUCCGAUUCCUGGCACAUCCAUCACGCUACAGACAGAAGAAGACAUCAAAAAUUGGCGGGAGGAGCGUCGCAAAAUGUGGCUCUUAAAAAUAUCAAAUCAAAAAGAUAAGCACAGGGCUAAUUUAGGAGUCGCCGAUGAUGAAAUGAGCAAUAGAGGCGUGUUCCUCGAGGGCAAAAGAGAAAAACAAUUUAUCCAAAGCAUUCAAAAUCAAAUCACUAGAUUCAAUCCCAAUCAAAACCUCAACUUGAAAAUACUUCAAAGAAGUAUGGCAUCCGAAAAUGGCAAACUUCUAAGUUUUAUUAAAGAACUGGGCGACGCAGGGCUACUCGAGUACGAACUGACUGAACAGGAGAAGGAAAGGUUAUUUGGCGGUAAUAUGAGGGUUAAGAGAGGUUCCGGGGAAAACCAGAACAAAAAAAACAUCAUUCUUUAG